GUCUUCUUCCACGGCUUAAAUCUCUUCCCCACGCUCGAGAAACAACCACUGAACCCUAAUACAACUCCUACAUUCUGUAAGACUUGUUGCAAGGAGAGGAAGAAGAAGACGACGACGAUGGCGUACGGCUACACUCCCACCUACUACUCUUCCUUCCAGGACACCAUCACCUCCCUGUGCAAAUCGAUCCUGCCCUUCAGCCUCAGGAGCCGGCGGCCGCCGCUGCCCGACCAGAAGCUCGCGGAGCGCCACUCCGACAGCCUCAAGUGGCAACAGGAGUCUUUCCACCGGAUCCUUCACCUCAUGGGCCUCCGGAAAGAGGGCAUCGUGCCCGAGAGCGACGUGGUCGCUUUCCGAACCCACAUUCUCGACACCCUCAUCGCCGCCCCCAAGGACCAGGAGUCAGCCGGCGUCGUCCGCGACAAGCUACUCUUCUUACAGGAAUUGUACUAUGCUAAGUGCAUCUCGGCGGAGGAGUACCAUUCGUCGAAGAGGCCUCUGCUGCAGAGGCUGGCCGUGCAAGGCGUCGAGCUCGAUUGCCGCGACGUGAUCAUUAGGUGCCCGACGAUGAGCACGGAAGAGGAAUGGUCAGAUAUAGAGCUCAGGGACAAAGCGCCCUCUACGGUCGCGGAGAAGGCGAAGAACCAAACUCCGAUCAAAGCCUUCAUCGGCAAUGCAGCUUUAUGGACAGGUAAAGGGAAGAAGGACGGCUCUUGCAAGGCGAUGAAGGGGCCUUUAGGCUCCGUGGACGUGAAUGUGAUGGAUCCACGGAGGCCUUGGAUGGAAAACCAACGCAGUGGCAAGAGUUCGAUACAGAUGCCGGAAGGUUCGCCACUGAUACCCAUCAAGUCUGACAAAGGGAAGAGGAAGAUGUUCCAAGAUCUGUUUCGGAAGGGAAACACAGAUGAGAGUGAAAACAGGGAGCCACUGCUCGCUGAACCCGAAGAAAGAUCUAUGAAAUCUACAUGGGGUCUUGAUGGGCUGAGGAAAUGGAAGUAAGAAUCGACGACGACCUACUUGACUCCAGGAAAAGAUCGGAUGAAAUCUCAUCCGAUAGCUUUGGCUUUGCUUCAGAUUUCAUCAUAACAUGCUGUAGCAACAAGUGCAUGUUGUAGUUAAUGUUCGGCUUG